AUGGCUCCCAACGGCAAUCCGAAGGCGAGGAACGGUGCCGGUGUCGCCCAUGGAAGGCCCAACGCUGCAAGGCGUGUGGUUCCCGUCAUUCCCCUCCCCAUGGACCGUCGCGUCAAGGCCAAUGCUGCUGCAAAGCAGGCCGCCGCUGCUGCCCAAGCCGCCACUAUUGCGACCAUUCCUCGACCCGCCAUCACGAACGGCUCUUCCUUGAAAAUUCAGCACGACGUCGACUCCGCCCCCAGCACGCCCAAGACCAUCGAUAUCGAGAUUGCCACACACGAAAACGACAAGGGACAGCCCGUUGCUGCUACCAAUGGUGCUGAGGAGACGCCUUCGCCUGCCGACCCGGAAGUCGAUGACACAAAGGAUCGCGAAGCUACCGAUUCCCAGGAGUCUUCUGCCGCCAUCCCGACCCCGUCCACGACCGAAGAGUCCGAAUCGACCGACAAGACCGCCGACCAAGACCUCCCCCGCUCUGCUGAAGAGCCUGUUCGAGGUAUGCCCGCUCUUGGCACUUGCAACUCUGGUCGCCACUACUCACACACCGCAGGUAAUAAUCACGUCGCCUCUCCGCCCGCGGUGGCCCAAUUUGACAAUACGCACCAGCAGCAUCCGUCGACAUUCCGACCCCCUCCCGUCAUCCCUCCGACGCGUUACAACAUGCCGCCUAAUCCUCACAAUGGCUCGCGCCCUUCUCCCGUCGUCAUUAACGGUACCUCUCACCGGGGCCCCCGAUCAGUUCACAACGGUCCUCCACACAUGCAUGGCCCGCGUCCCAGCAAUGGGAGCCUUCAGUUUGGAGGUUUCGCGUCCAACUCGUCUUCUCCGGCGCCCCCUCACUCUGGAGGCUUCAUGCCCCCUCCUGGCAUGCCUCUCCCCGACGGACGAUCCUUCAGCGGUGCUGCCAACGGUUUUCACCGCCAGAUGCCCUACGGUACGGAAUUUGUUCCCGGCACCGGUGUAGAUGGAUUCGGCCGACCUGUUCCAGGCUAUGGAGGCAUGGAGCAGUACCCUCCUCAUCUCAACGGUGGCUACGGACCUUCGACUCCUCAUAGUUUCCAGGGGUCGCACUCUUCGGCCCAUGCGGAUGAUACUGGUGCCUACAACCACUACCCCGCGCCAGGCGUCCCCAACGGUACGACACAUGUCGAUGACGGUCGCCCUCACCCUCCUGCGGCUGGAGCUUUUGGUGCACCGCCCCAGCGAAUGAUGCCUGGGCCUAUUCCGCCCCCGCAUAUGAUGCAUCCCGGCCACGAGCACCAGGGACUGGACGACAUGGCCGCCUAUCUGCGAUCGCAGUUUAGAGACCCUGCCUUUGCCGACUGCACCCUGGAGCUUCGCUAUCUCGACGACCGCGCUCCUCCCGUUCGCCUACCAGGUCACCGCCUGGUUCUUGCCAGAAGCCAAGCCGUUCGCAAUGUUCUAGAGGCUGAUAACGUCGAAUCCAGCUCGCCCGGCGCUAACCGCACCAUUCUUCUGCAGUCCGAUGAUAAGUACCUCCGAUCUGAUGCCUUCUGGAUGGCCGUGCAGCACCUGUACGCCUUUCCGCUAUUGGACAUGCCUGAGCCAGCCUCGAAUGGCAAUUUCACCAUGGCUGGCAACGCCGAUGACCGCUUCGACUUUGCCCUUGGCUAUGCUGCCGCCGGUCAUAUCCUGGCGUGGCAGCCUAUUGUUUUCCGUGGCCUGGAGAUAGCGUCUCAUUCCCUUAGCUGGUCGACGAUUGAGCGCGCUCUUGGCUUCGCCCUCGGCGAUUUGCCUAGUCGCGCUUCAGCUGACAGACACAGCCAGUUCAUUUAUGGCGAACCUGUUCACGUUUUGAUGAACGGCAUCAUCUCAUUCAUCAUCAACAACUUCCCACCCGAUUUCACCCUGGACACGUCUGUCGCCGAUCCUGAGCGCUUUGCCCGACUUCCUAUUGCUUCCACAUCGAUACCACCCCGCGAAGGAACACCCACGAUUGCUCGCGGAACGGCGGGCCAAGAUCGUCGCCCUCGCCCCAUGCACAUCCAGUUCGGUGACCUCGCUUUGGGCCCUGACAACACAUCAAACGGCUCGGAUUCGACCUCACAAUCCUCUCAGCACAAUAGCAUCCGGUCGACGCUCUCAGCCAUUCUUAUCAACCUCCCGUUUGCGUACUUGAAGCCAGCCCUCGAGUCCAGUGGCUAUGGUAAUGUCAAUGGAUGGGCGAACGUCGAGGCUCGGCAUCACAUCAUGCGGGCCGUCGUUUCUGAGCGGGAGAAUAGACGGUCGAGAGUGAUUGAGGCGGUCAGAUCUGGAGCGGUUCCGCAUGCCGAGUCCAUCUUGUAUAGCCUGCAGAGUGCCGAUCCUCGUCAGAAUGAGGAGUGGCAUGCCCUUGGCUGGCGCGAGGAUGUGGUCUCGUACGUUAACGGCGACGCGCCGUCUCUCGGCCGGCAGUGGGUUCCGUUGAUGGCGCCGCAGCAGCAAAACGGCACCGGACAUGUGGAGGUUACCAGCCGAGCGGCCUACCCUUGA